AUGAAAACUUCUCAUAGUACCUUCAUUUACAUUCUUCUACAUGUGCUACUUCUUUUUUCUCUUCCAUUAAGAAUCACAUCAUCAGCUGAAGCUCUUGUCAAAUGGAAGAGUAACUUAUCUUCUGCUUCCUUCUUGGAUUCAUGGUCCAUUUCCAAUCUCAGAAACUUCUGUAAUUGGACAUCUAUUGUCUGCAAUGCUGGUGGAACAAUUUCCGAGAUCAAUCUUUCUGAUGCAGGCCUCUCAGGCUCUCUUGAUCAGCUUGACUUCACUUCAUUUCCGAGUCUCACGAGCUUUAUUCUCAAUGGCAACAACAUCAGUGGAUCGAUACCAUCGAAUAUUGGCAACGCCUCUAUGCUCAAUUUCUUGGACCUGAGCAACAAUAUCCUGGAGGGUGUCAUACCAGAAGAAAUUGGGAAGUUAACACAACUUGAAUAUCUCAGUUUUUAUAACAACAAUAUCGAUGGUGUUAUUCCCUACCAAAUUAGCAAUCUUCAGAAGCUAUGGUACUUGGAUCUUGGAUCAAAUUUUUUAGAAACUCCUGAAUGGUCCAAAUUGAGGAAUAUGCCUAUGCUGACACAACUGAGCUUUGGUUACAAUGAACUAAGAUUAGAAUUCCCUGAAUUUGUUCUCCGUUACCACAAUCUGACUUACCUCGAUUUACCAAUUAACCAUUUUGACGGUUCAAUCCCAGAAACAGUAUUCACCAACUUGGACAAGCUUGAGUACCUCAAUCUUUCAUCUAAUUCAUUUCAAGGGAAGAUUCCAUCUUCUAUAGGCAGACUUGGAAUUCUUCAACAACUUGAUCUUCGGAAGAAUCGUUUGAAUUCAGCCAUUCCUUCUGAGCUAGGCCUUUGUACUAACCUCACUAUCUUGGCUCUAGCAGGGAAUGCCCUGCAAGGAACAUUGCCUAUAUCCUUAUCCUCUCUGACCAAGUUAUCUCAAUUGGCAUUGUCUGAUAAUAAUCUUUCCGGUGAGAUCUCAUCAUAUCUCAUUACCAAUUGGACUGAGCUGAUGUCUUUGCAGCUCCAAAACAAUUCCUUUACUGGUGUGAUCUAUUUGCAAUUUGGCAUCACUACAGAUUCUAGCUUUGGCAAGAAAUAAUUUGAGGGGAGAGAU